AGAGUCUUCCACGAAAUUUUUGUCGAAGUCUAAAAAGAAAAAUUGGAAGGAGAAACUCCUUGGCAAAUGGCAAGUGCGCCUCGUGAGUGUGCAGUAAAAGAGAAACUGCAAAGAAAGAACAAGGUUCAUAGAGGUUUUGAUUUAAUCAUUUUCAACCUCACAUUCACCGUUCACAUUGCAGCAGCCACCGAGAAACUAUCUACUUGAGAGUUGAGAUCUCGUAUCUACAAUACAGAAGCACUCUAGGCAGGCAGAUCAGUAGGCAGGCAACAUUCAACAGAUCGGGCAGAGCAAGCAAAAUAUGGCUUUUCUGAUCAAUGAAGCAGCAGCCAGUUCUUCAUCUUCUUCUCUCCCUCUUUCUUCUACUGAUCACCAAAAUCAUUACACAUACGAGGUCUUCCUGAGUUUUCGAGGCGAGGAUACGUGCUUUAAUUUUACAGAUCAUUUGUACAACGCUUUGUGUCGGAAGGGAAUUGAGACGUUCAGAGAUGCUGAUAAGCUUAGAAGAGGAGAAGACGUAUCACAAGAGCUCCUCAAAGCAAUUGAGGAGUCCAGAGUUUCAAUCGUCGUCUUCUCUCAAAACUAUGCUUCCUCAACGUGGUGUUUGAAUGAACUGGUCAAGAUACUGGAAUGCAGAAAAUCAAAAAGACAAGACGUCAGACCGGUUUUCUACAAAGUGGCUCCCUCAGAUGUACGACACCAAAGAGGCGCCUUCGGUGACGCAUUUGCUACGCUUGGUUGCAGAUACGAGGAUAGCAUGGACAAAUGGAAGACAGCUCUUAAGGAAGCAGCAGAUUUGUCUGGAUGGCCUUUGAAGGAUGGCGAGUACGAGACCAAAUUCAUCGAAGACAUUGUUGAGGAGUUGUCCGCCCAAGUGAUAAACCCUUCAUGUUACUUGGAUGUUGCUGAACAUCCAAUUGGAUUAGCGUCUUGUAGACAAGAUGUCAUCAGACUUUUACAUGCCGAGGAAAAUAUUGUUCACAUGGUAGGCAUAUGGGGGCCUGGUGGAAUAGGAAAGACCACAAUUGCCAAAUAUGUGUUUAAUUCAAUUUGCCAUAAGUUUCAAAGUAGCUGUUUCUUGGCAGAUGUUAGAUCAAAUGGCCUAGCCCAACUUCAAGAGACGCUUUUGUCGAAUUUUUUAGACUCAACUUUGAAGGUGAGUAGUGUUGAUCAAGGAGUCAAUUUUAUAAAGACAUGGAUGCGACAUAAAAAAGUUCUCUUAAUCCUUGAUGACGUGAGUGAUUCUAGCCAAUUACAGAAAUUAGUUCCUUUCCGUGAUUGUUUUGGGCCUGGCAGUAGAAUUCUCAUAACAACAAGAGAUAAAAAUUGUCUAACUGCUCAUCAAGUUGAUGAAAUAUACGAGGUCAAAAUGUUAGAUGAUGAUCAAGCUUUGAAGUUGUUUAGCCUGAAUGCAUUCAGAGAAAAUGGACCUCCAAGCGAUCAUCUGGAACUUGCACGAUGUGCGGUACACUAUGCCCAAGGCCUUCCCUUAACGUUGAUAGUUUUAGGCUCUCAUCUAUUUGGUAGAAGCAGAGAGGAGUGGAAAGCUACAUUAGAUAGUUGUAAAGGAGAAGAUCCAUACAGCGAGAUAAGAAACAUUCUCAAAAUAAGUUAUGAUGCUCUGGGAGUAGAUUUACAAGGAUAUUUUCUUGAUAUCGCUUGUUUCUUUAAAGGGAAGCUUGUACACGAUGUGAAACCAAUACUAGAAGCUUGCUACGACCUCAAAUCAGUGAAUGGUAUUGCACAACUCCAAGAAAAGGCCUUAAUAAGGAUUGCCAAUGAGGCUUUGAUGGGUGGUUGGAUUUGGAUGCAUGACUUGAUAGAAGAAAUGGGUAAAGACAUAGUGUAUAAAGAGUCACCUAAUGAACCCGGGAAACGCAACAGAGUGUGGAGUGAAGAAGAUGUCGACGACGUUCUAACAAAUAAUACAGGAACAAAGAAAGUUGUAGGCAUUCAGGUCCCGUGGGGAUUAUCUACGAUAUCUUUGAAUGCUAAAACCUUCUCAAAGAUGAAGAAUCUUAGAUAUAUUUCUAUGAAGAGGAUGAUGAAAUAUGAAUCCUUUUAUGGAGAUAUUGAUUAUCUCUCCAACCAGUUAAGGUGGCUUGAUUGGCCACAUUGUCCGUUGCAAUGUUUUCCGUCCAAUUUUCAUGCAAAGAAACUUGUAAAUCUCGAUAUUUCUUGGAGUCGCGGAAUCACACGACUAUGGGAGGGACAGAAGAAUUUUUCAAGGCUAACAUGUAUGAAUUUAGAGGGCUGUGAAUCCCUAACAGAACUCCCAGCCUUAAGUGGAAUCCCAAACUUGGAAGAGUUGAAUUUAAGUGGCUGUAGAUCCUUAACAGAACUCCCAGACUUGAGUGGAAUCCCUAACUUGAAAGGGUUGAAUUUAGAUAGUUGUACAUCCCUAAAGGAACUCCCAGACUUGAGUAGAAUCCCUAACUUGAAAAAGUUGGAUCUAUUUGGGUGUACCAAUUUAGUUGAGGUUCCUGAUUCAAUUCGAUUCCUUCAUAACCUUGAGACUCUUCAUGCGAGUGGAUGCUCAAAAUUGGCUACAUUUCCAAAAAUUCCAGUAAAGAUGGAUUCCUUGAGACGACUCUCUCUUGAAGGCAGUGACAUAAGAGAAUUGGAUGAGUCAAUUGAAAAUCUCAUUGGGCUUGAAGAGUUGCAUUUUACUGAUUGCAAAAAUCUCACAACUCUACCAUGCAGCAUUUGUGGGUUGCACAAUCUAAAGACUCUUUAUGUGAGAGGAUGCUCAAAACUGGCUACAUUUCUAAAAAUUCCAGUAAAAAUGGAUUCCUUGAGACUACUCACUCUUAAAGGCAGUGACAUAAGAGAAUUGGAUGAGUCAAUUGAAAAUCUCAUUGGACUUGAAUAUUUGGAUCUUGCUGAUUGCAAAAAUCUCAGAACUCUACCGUGCAGCAUUUAUGGGUUGCAAAAUUUAUGGUUUCUUGAUCUUGGUGAAUGCUCAAAACUUGUCAGAUUUCCAACAAAUACCAAAAUUUUGAAUGUCGAUGGUUGCUCACUAUCACUUCCCAAGCUAGGUGUGUUCAGUAUCGCAGGAUGCAGUUCAUUAUCAGAUUGUGAUUUCCUGAUGACUCUUGAUUGCUGGGAAACAUUACAGUGGCUUAAUCUGUCAAGAAACAAUUUUGUUAGUCUUCCUGCUUGCUUGACCAAAUUUGUCAAGUUGCGUGACCUUGACUUGCGAGAUUGCAAGAGACUCCGAGGAAUUCCGGAGCUUCCACCAAACCGUUUACUACGCAUAAGAGGUUGUGAAUCACUGGAGCAUAGAUUCUCGUCAUUGACAAAUCGUGGAGCUGUGAUAGAGCCAACUCCGUCCUCAUGGCUUUCUUUGUCUUCCGAAACUCCGAAACAACACCGCACUACGGAAGAACCAUCCCCAACACCGGUGAAUCCUCCGAAACGACAACUCACUGCCGCCGAGGGGCAAGCAUCAAUGGUCCAUUCUUCUCAUGAAAUGGCUAUUUCCCAAAUCCCAUUUCUCCGCAGCUCCCCAAUCCCCAUGAUCCCUGACAGUGGCUGGCGUUACUGGCAUUCGUGGCUUUCGUCUGCGAAUGACGAUUAUCACCAUCAACAAGAGUAGCAGGAGCAUCGAUUUCUCCUGGAGCCAAUUCCGGAGCUUCCCCCAUUCUGGAGGAGAGAUUCUCGACAUUGACAAAUCGUGGAGCUGUGAUAGAGGCGGCGUCGCCAACAAUUGAAGAGCCAACUCCAUCGUCAUGGCUUUCUUUGUCUUCUGAAACUCUGAAAAGACAACGCACUGCUGCCGGGGGGCAAUCAUCAAUGGUCCAUUCUGCUCAUGAAAUGGCUAUUUCCCAAAUCCCAUUUCCCCGCAGCUCCCAUCACUCAAUUAGUCCGCAGCUUCAACACCAAGCAGAGGAACCAACUGAGUUGUUAAGGCUUUCUCUGUCUUCAGAACCAACAAAACAUCAUGGCGUAGUUAAAGGUGAUCAAGACCAGUGGUUCUCUUUGAACUCUGAAGCAUCCACUUCAGAGUUUAGACAAUAAUAUCAUUUAUUUGAGACACAGAGGUUUGAAAUCCCACCUCCUAUUUAGAAAGAUUUCAACAUUUCUUAUAUUUGGGUUGUCUUCAUCUGCUAUUUACUCAUCAAUCUUGGGGACUAUAGAUUUUGCACUUGGAAAGGUUACAGACUCUGGCCAAGUUGGCUACAUGGUGAUUGCUGAUCUCCUGAAUUUGAGAUAAUCACAAAUGAGGUAGAGGCAAAGAAGUUGUAGCCUGGCUUUGGCUAAGAAUCUUGCUUCAAGGUGAUGCAGCAGGUGUGUGCUGACCUUCUUGAGGAAAAUGGAAUUGGUUUUUAUUGUUUCUAAGGGUGGAAUUGAUACUGUGACAGUGGUAUGCUGAUACGAAUGCCGAGCAGUAAGCUAUCGAAAGGCAGGCAUUUGAUUGGGGAUAGUGUGGUUUACGAUGUGGGUGUUUGGUUGCCCCGGGAUUUUCAGCCGCGGCUAGAAGUUACCCCUAUAAUUAAGUAUGUUUCGGAUCUUCAGCUUGUGUUGGGCCACUAAAUUGUGGUGAAUAAGUCACAUAUAUAUGCUAUGGAUUGAAGCAGGGGAAUAUUCGGGUUUUGAAUAUACACACUGCAUUGAGUUCGUUGUUUCAAGCUCAUACACAGUUGGAUUACUUGCCGAUGAUUAUUAUAUCUUGUUGGCCUAAGCGAUAUCUUGUUCUGUCAGAGGGUCACAGACAUGGCUUUCUUUGCCGAGGAUGUUCACCUUUUGGCUAGUGUGAGUGUAGAAGGACGGCUUUUUGUGUGCAAAAUUUCUGAAGGUCCAGAUGAAGAAGGUACGCCACAAAUCACAGGAAAGAUUGUUAUGGCCAUUCAAAUAGUUGGUGAAGGGGAAGAUGUUCAUCCACGAGUUUGGCGGCACUGUCAUAAACAUGAGGUUUUGGUUGUUCGGGUUGGGAAGCGUUUCUACAAAUUGUUACUACUAAAGUUGCAAAGGGUGAAGUCCCUUCUGCUGGGGAUCCUAUUAAGUGUCCUGUUGAAAAACUUAUUGAUGGGGUCCAAUUUGUUGGUAAACAUGAUAGUAAAGUUGCAAAGGGUGAAGUUCCUUCUGCUAGGGAUCCUAUUAAGUGUCCUGUUGAAAAACUUAUUGAUGGGGUCCAAUUUGUUGGUAAACAUGAUGGAGAGGUUACAGAUUUAUCAAUGUGCCAAUGGAUGACCACUCGGCUGGUUUCUGCUUCUAUGGAUGGAACUAUAAAGAUCUGGGAAGAUCGCAAGUCACAACCACUUUUAGUACUGAGAUGCUAUGAUGGCUUUCCUGUUUAUUCGUCUACAUUUGUGACGGCUCCCAACAGGCCUAGAUCACAUCAUGCUUAUAACAGUGGGCCCACUUAAUCGGGCAUGAAGAUUUGGUCCUCGGCGAGUGAAGAAGGCUGGCUGCUUCCCAGUGAUGCUGAGUCAUGGAAAUCUACCCAGGCCUUAGAGUUAAAGAGCUCUGCUCAACCUUGAGUUGAGGAUGCAUUCUUUAAUCAAGUCAUAGCAUUGUCACAAGCUGGCCUUAUUUUACUUGCAAAUGCUAAGAAGAAUGCUAUAUAUGUCGUGCACUUAGACUUUGGUGGUGAGCCAGCAUCUACACGUAUGGAUUACAUCGCAAAAUUUGCUGUUACAGUGCCUAUUUUGAGCUUUACUGGGACAAGUAUAUCACCUCAUGGUGAACAAAUUUAUUGUGUCCAAACACAAGCCUUUCAACAGUAUGCUUUGGACUUAUCCAAGUGCAUACCUCUCCCAUUCUGUAGUGUGUACUAAACAAGUUUCUGAAUUAGCUAGAUUAGCAUUCUACUAGUCAUAUAAAUAGUAAAUCUUUAAAACUUAGCUCAUUUAAAUUUAAAUUGAGUUCUAGAAAUGAUCAUCUAUUUGCACAUUAAACUGAGUCUAACAUCAUCUCUUUGUGGUAUCACUUCGCUCAAUUUGCUAAGAAAAUCUGGAUAUCAUGGCCAUGGUGUUUUUUUUC